GACAUGAGUCAAAAGAUGAAAACUUCCACAUAUGAGUCUCCAUUCUUUGUCUGUUUUCUCCUCCCAUUUAAACCCCUUUCCAACUCAAUAAAAAAUGUAGGCAAUUCAUACAUGUGUGAUUAUAUGUGUGUACGAAUAGAGAGAGAAAGGUGUGAGAGAGAGGAGAAAACUGAAACCCCCUCUCUCGAUGUCAGACUCGCUGACCACAGAGCUUUCGUAGACCAAGCAACUUUACUACUGUGAAGCUCCUGCUCGGGGGAAAUUUUGUUGCUGCUAAUGAAUCCAAGCAAAAUUGAGGAGGAUCUGUUCCAGCACUUGGGUCCACCGCCGCCCCGCCAUGAGCAGUUCAUGGACCCCCACCACACUCAGCCCCAGCCCUCCAUUGAUGACGACGCUUUCUCGCUUGCCGAAAUCGACCUCUUCCGCGACGACGAAGAUGACGACGUCAGCCACACCUCGUCCGACGCUGAAAUUCCGCUCCCGCCUGCUAAUGGUGAGGUCCCUUUUCAGAACCCUAAUUUGGGGAAUCCUCCCUUGGACGACCGCAACAAGAGGCCAAUUCAUCAGCCGCCGUUGUGCAUUAGCCCCGAGCCUCAUAUUUCCUCCCAAUUCUACACCUUCAAUAAGGAAUCGCAUGCCCUAAUGAUUCAGUGCUUAAUUGAGGGCCGAUUAGCGACUCCGGAGGAGAUCCGGGCCGCAACUCCGCCCCCGGUACUCGCCAGCUGGCGCUCGGUGUGGAAGGAUCGGAACGAGGACACUGCCUAUUUGACGGCGUGGAAGCGUAUCCAGGAUAAGCUCACUGUGCACGUGUCGGAAUCCGCUGCCAGCAUCACCGGUAACAAUAGCCAUUUCCUUUGUUUCAAGAACAAUUCGAGUCAAUUUGUUUCGCAUGUUGAUCAGUGGCAGGAUAUAGUCAUGUCAUUCCAUGGUGAUGCGGAUUUUAAGCACUUAGGGUUGAAAGAAACAAUAGAGAGAAUUAAGCAAGUGUGGACUGUAGGAGCAAAAUUUUAUGGCAUACCUGAGAGUUAUAUUAGGACUUGUGUGGCUGCUUGCCCUGUUUGCUCAGAUGAAUCUUCCGGGUGUGCUCCAAGGUCUAAGAGGCGUAGGUUUGAAUAUACAGAGUCUUUUGAUGUGCCCGCCAAGGAAGUCCCUGUAAAGUUGCAACAGUUGGCUGCAAAGCAUAAGGUCGUGUUGUGUAUACGGCAGAAGUAUAUUAGGUAUAAGCCAUUUAUGGCUGAAGUCAAGGAUUACGCGUGUCAUAGGGCGGGGGAGCCGGCUUCCUCGAAAAAAUCGCGGAUUCUGAAGAGGGAGCCGUAUACGUCAAAACGGUGCGGCUGUGGAUUUCGUAUAAGGGCGAUAGUUCCAAUAUCAAAUUAUAAUGAGAAGGAUAAGACAUUUGUCUACGAGGAAGAGGGGACAGCUGUGUUUAAGCUUUAUGCGGUGCAUUCUGGGCAUGAGCCAGGGCCGUUGGAUGGGAAUGCGAGGAUUAUGCAUCGGAUGGUUGGCCAUAAAGGGGGUUUUCUGAUGGAUCACGAGACUGUGUAUGGGAUGGCUGAGGAUGGGGAAAAUGACGGAUUUGGGUUCUUAGCGAAGGAUUCUAGAGAUCUUCAGCAUUCCAUUUUGCAGCAGGUGCAGGAGUUGAGGAAUGAGUUGGGGUUGCUUGAGGGUAGGAUUGGGAAAAUCCCUUCCCAGCUGUUGGGUUCUGUGUCACGUGAUCUCUUUGACAUCGUGAAUAAGCUUAGAAAUGUUGCAGAUGAUGGAUCAAAAUCUGUUGGGUUAUUGUCAGAGAAGCAGCAUCUGGAUGAUGUGUUGGUGGUGGAGCAUGAUUUGCCAGAUUGGGGUGAUGAUCAUCACACAAGGAUCUAUGGGGAUGGCAAGGAUGCUGAUGUUAUAGAAGAUGAUGAAGACAGCUUUGGGAGAACCCUUGGCGAGGUUGCUUCUUGGGAUCAGAUGAGGACAGUGUGCAGGAACGAGAAGGAUCUGCUUGGUGAGACUUGUAAAGAGGAAAAGUGGUUGAAAUGUGGUGAAUUUGAUCAGAAGGGAAUUGUUGGCUGCAGUAACCCUAAGCUGACCAAGCCGUUAAACAAUGAUGAGGCAAUAGAUCCAGAUGUAGGUCUUGCUGGUAUACAGGUAGAUGGCUUCUAUCCUGAAAAUCCAAAAUGGUUCGACUCUCCUUGUGGACUGGAUCCUGGAGCCGAUUGUGGUGAUGGUGGAUUCCGACAUGGGGAGAUAGUGUAGAGGCAUAAUGCAUUCAUCUCGGUGAACCCACUCUAACUUAAUUCUGAGUCUUUUUGGUGUCAUUCAUCUUAAUUCACUGUUGGAAGUGGGUUGUACAUUUGUGUACACAUCUUGAAGGCUCUCACAAUCACAGUCAUAGUCCUUUAGGUGCCUUUUUUAUUGCAUGUAAUCUGUAAAGUAUAGCCAUUUUGGCAUCUCUGCAUAUACCUUAAACGACUCUGUGUUAACCUUGUUUUAUUUUGAAUUGAAACUUUGGAGUUGCUAA